GGUGAGCCUUUUUAAUGUUUUCUAACGCAUUAUCAGUAAAGCGGUGUUCUGCUCGCCGUCACCAGCAGGUGGCGCUAAAGUAAAGGCCAUAGAGACAGUUACUGGCACGAGCUCAGGUCCAUAAACAAACUGCGCAGAAGCUCCACGGACAGUCAGAUAGCGCACUAGGAGGAAAUUCACCCACCGUUGUCGAGACCAGCGCAUUAUCUUUGGGGAUAUACCGAUCGCAGAGCCUUUCGACGAGCCUUUUUUUUCCUGACGGGGGGCGAACAUGGCGACGCUGGGACCGGAGCCCCGUACUCAUUCCCAGCUGCCUUCUGCCGCAUUACAGACAAACCUGAGCGGACUGGGCUCCAACACGAACCUGCCCCUCAACCGGGGCUUGGAGAGAGCUCUGGAGGAUGCGGCGAACUCCGGAUUUCUGAACCUCAGCACAAGAAAACUGAAAGAAUUCCCCCGGACGGCGUCUAAUUACGACCUAACGGACACGGUUGAAGCAGAUCUUUCGAAGAAUCGCUUGAUUGACAUCCCAUCAGAGGUGUGUCAUCUGGUCUCGCUGGAAACGCUGAACCUUUAUCACAACUGCAUUAAAGGCAUUCCUGAUACCAUCAUCAGCCUUCAGUCCCUGACCUGCUUAAACAUCAGCCGGAACCAGCUGUCAGCGCUGCCAGCAUGUGUGUGUGGUCUUCCUCUGCGAGUGCUCAACGCCAGCAAUAACAAACUCAACGCACUUCCAGAAAGCAUAGGCCAGCUCACCAAUCUCAUGGAGCUGGAUGUAAGCUGUAAUGAAAUCACAGCUCUUCCACGCCACACCGGCCAACUCAAAGCUCUGAGGGAGCUCAACGUGCACCGAAACCUUCUCUGCGUCCUUCCAGAGGAUUUGGCAGAUUUACCCCUGGUCAAGUUUGAUUUCUCCUGUAAUAAGGUUUCUACUAUUCCUGUCUGUUAUCGAAAAAUGACCCAACUCCAAUCACUACAGCUGGAGAACAAUCCACUUCAGAGUCCUCCUGCACAGAUAUGCAUGAAGGGCAAGAUUCAUAUAUUUAAAUACCUCGCCAUGGAGGCAUGUCGUAGUGACAAGAUGGCCGAUGCCCUGUACCUUCCUGUCACAGACCGCCUUAGCUUGACACGACCCACGAAUGGGAGCACUGAGGACAUUGAUCAGCACAAAAAACUUGACAGUGAUUCUGGGGUGGGCAGUGACAACGGAGACAAACGCCUUUCUGCCACAGAGCCAUCAGAUGAAGACAGUCUCAGCUUGAAUGUGCCCAUGACCAACAUCACAGAGGAGGAGGGCUUGAGCAAAGACGACUCCAGCGAACACAUCAGCGCUCUGACAGGAGACAGAAGUUCAUCUGAAUCUCUCAAGGAGCACCUGAGCUAUCGAGAGACUACCCUCAGCUCACCGUUCAUCAACUAUAUCAAAGGUCGAGGUGCGGAUUUCGAUGAGCCCCUCAGGAUAGAGGAAGACAACCACUGGAGUUCAGAACAAACGUCAAAGGUUAACAUGAUCAACCAGUUAAAGGAAGCCGUGGAAAUGCUACAGGAUCCUAACAGGGUUAACAUGAACUCGACUGAUCUCUCUGGUAUCAAGCUCUACCCCGUGGAAAUGGUUACAGUAGAUGAGUCACUCAAUGGCCAAGAAAGUGACGAAGGUCAGGCGACACCUAAGGCUGCUCCUGGAGAAUGCUGGGAGUUCCAGAGGAAGAGACAGUGCAUUCUAGAAAGGGCCCGGCUCGAGGCCCAGCUCGCAUGUCAACAGUAUGCCCUGCACGUGGCACAACAGGGUGACGUGAUUGGCCAGGAAGGAUCAGGUGAUAGUUGUGAGAACCAGGUUACCGAGAGUGAAGACAAAACCCCAGUUUCCAGCCCUACACUGAGCUCCCCUCCCUUUGGUCUGAAGCCCAGAUCAGCUUCACCCUCUGUGCCGUGCUCGACUCCGCCCUGUCCCCUCCCCCUUACACAGGCCCCGCCCACUGAUAGAGACACGCCCCCUAGCCCAGCUGAAGGAGACAUGCCAAGCAGUGUGUUUUUCAGGACUCACAAGACUCUGGAAUCAGUGGAUCCUCAGUUCACCAUGAGAAGAAAGAUGGAGCAGCUCAGAGAGGAGCUGGAGCUCAUAGAGCAACUACGAGAGAGUAUUGAGAGCAGACUGAAAGUAGUUCUUCCUGAAGAUCUGGGCUCUUCUCUCAUGGAUGGGGUGGUGCUCUGUCAUCUAGUCAAUCACAUUCGGCCACGUUCAGUGGCCAGUAUCCACGUGCCAUCCCCUGCAGUGCCCAAGCUUAGCAUGGCUAAAUGUCGCAGAAACGUCGAAAACUUUUUGGACGCCUGCAGGAAAAUGGGAGUCCCUGAGUCCUCUCUCUGCUCGGCUUAUGACGUUCUGCAGUUUAACCUGCGUCCGCUCUGGGCCGUGGUCGCGGCCUUGCUCAUGGCGGAGAGCACAGGAACAAGGCAGAAGGAAGGAAAGGUGGAAAGUGGCAGGGAGAAAGAGACAGAGGUCAAGAAGCUUAUCCCCGAGUCCACUCAGACUCCACCCCCUUCCUGGCAAAUAUGGGAUCUGAUUGGCUCAAGUCUACUGCACGUUUUCUGUCUGGUGAUGCUGUUUGUGGCCUACAGCUGGAGCGAAUUUAAAUAACAUACAUGAACUAAUAACUCAAAAGUAACACAUUAUAUCAUUUACUGGUCUUUGAAAGCACAUUGAACGGUUGGCCUCACUUAAAGGUAUAGUACACCCAAAAAUGAAAAUUCUGUCAUCACGUACUCACCCUCAAGUGGUUUGUUACAAAACCGUACGGGUUUAUUUCUUUGGAACAUAAAAGAAAAUAGUUUAAAGAAUGCGGGUAACCAAGCAAUUGUGGUCUCCGCUGAUUUCCAUAUUGUGGAAGUCAAUGGAGACCAACUCAAACUGCAGAAUUUUCAUUUUUGGGUGAAUGAGCACAGCCCAGAGAGUUUCAUGUCUGAUCAAACCUUACAUCUUACCUUGGCCGUGAUGGAAACCAUACGUAAAACCAAACAUGCAACAUUUUUGUAAAAAAAUAACGCGCUCCAGGAAGAGAUUUAAAUAUUUUCAUGCUCGAGUAAGUGUUAUUUAUUAGUCGGGGAUUCGAAUACCAUAUUUAUCAGUCCUUGCAAAAUGCUAAGGAAACCUUUUUACAAACAUUUACGCAGGAGGUGCACGGAGCACUUUAAUGAGGAAUGACGAAUGGCCACAUUCUCACUCACUUCCACUUCUGUACAAAAGUUGUUUCACAAAGUUCCGUUUCAGCAGUCGUAAUGCUGAACUUUGUCGGAUAUUGCACAUAUAAACAAUAUAUACUUAUUAGCAUCUGCAUGACAAAAAAAAAACGGAUGUGCCAGUCAUGCCAGUGAUCAGCAAUAUAUCUACAGGAAUCAAGCGCACAUUUGGUCUGCUUCACACAAAAUAAUUUGCAGAUAAUAAAUCAGGAAGCUCGAGUAAGUGAAGGCCCAGAUGCCAUUAAAGCAAAAUGAUAAGCUUCGCUUGCACAGAAGUCUUGUACGGUGAGGUUAUAUCUAUGAUUAAAACAUUUAAUCAUUAGCAUAAGGGCUAAUUUGUCUGUUGGAUGUAAAAAGCAGUUAGUUUGGUUAUGAGUGUUUUUAAGAGCAUGAUGUGUUAUUGUUUAGAUCGGGAAUUAUUAAACAUCCUGCACAGUCGUUGCAAAUGAUUAGAUUGCUAUUUUUUCCAAAACGCCAUCUAUGGGAUGAAACGGGACUAAUGAAUCAUUGGUUUCAUUUCCCGAUCAUUAGUAAAACAGAAUGACAGAGCGAACCAAAUCUAUUUUUUAAUAAAUUUAAUAAGCAACAUUCCACAGCAAUGUGACUAAUCCAAGGAACAACAGCAUCGGAUAAUACGCUUUAAUUCGUGUAUUCUAUCAGUGAUCUGUAAUAGAGGUUGAGGUGGCUUUUUUUAAAAUGAUGAAAUAUCAUAUUAAUGCAGUUUUAAUAAUUGAGUAAUCAGUGUAGUGGCUGUAUGUAAUUUACUUCGUUGAAGGUCUGUAUGCAAGGUGUCUCUAGAACGGAGGGUCUUCUAAUCGGAUGCUCUGAUUCUAUUUUAGGUUCCGAUCAUUAUCUCACGUAAUAGAAUGACCUUCUUUAUCUCAUCAGAGAUAAAAGAAAUCUUUAAAGAGAGCCGUUAGUAAAUGAGCAUGUCACUGAGGCCUCUUGACAUCACUUCCUCAAACUACAGAAUACUUUGAACCUUAUCGGCGGGAUCACAGCAGUUAUAAUUGGCACUGCUUUCAUCAUCCAGUUUGACAAAAAUAAAGGCAAUAUUGACUGUUCGGGACUUUUUGUUCGGCAUAUUUCCUCCUUUGUAAAAAAAAAAAAAAAAAAAAAAAGCUGCAAGAUGCAAAAAGUGUUUGUAUUGCUUAAAUUAGAUUGCGUGGGUUCCUCUGACGGUUCAGCCGCUUCUUGAAUAGCGUUCAGUGCUGCUGCUUCUAGUGGACUUUGUAAGGCUUUGUGGUUUUUAUGAACCUGUAAAUGAAAAAGAAUAAAUGUACAGUUUGGGUUGUUUUUCUCAUCUUUGCCUUUUUAAACCACCGUUUAAAUGUUUGGGGUCAGCAUUUUUUUUUUUUUAUUGUUUGCAUGACUGAUAUCGUAUUUGCCAUCACUGCUAAACAAGGUGAGUCUCUAUUAGUUUCACUAACUGGAUUCAAGAGCGUUACAUUUGAAUGGACUGUGCAUAAUAAAUUCUGUUUUCCAUGACUGUGUGUCUUUCUUCUCUGACACGACACUUUGUUUGUCUUCUCUGUGAAUCUCUCUCUCUAGGAUAAGUUAUGUCUGCCACAUCACAUUCUUGAGGAGAAGGGCCUGAUCAAAGUUGGCAUCACUGUCCAAGCUUUGCUGGAUGAGACUUCGGCCAGUGAGACACUCAUCACAUGAGUCGCGCACACACACACACACACACACACACACACACACACACACACACGCUAAUACCGGAAGACAAUCUUUAAGAAUUUCCCUGGACUGUGUCCAUUUAUUGCUAUUAGAACAGUUGAUCCUCAGCUUGCAGGUAUAUGCUCAUGUUUCCCUCACUUUCUUUUCUUUCUUAUUUAGUACUGUUAUCUGAUCACUGUCGCCCAGGCCACAGGUCGUAUAAGCAAAAUUAGCUCAAAAGCAGCUUAAGAUAAGAAAUUGUUUUAUUUAAAAUGCAUUUAUUUAUUAAACGGUUAGUUGAGAGGUAUACAGAAUUGUGCACAAUUUCUGAUGGUUUUUAUAUACGCAUUUACCCAUAUGAUAUUUGUUUUGGGCAAACCUUUAGCGAUCUAGAUUUAAAACACUCAUCCUCCCAGAGUCUGGUUUUGUAACCACUUUUGAGUUGGUUUUUGGGAGACGGUGAUGUUUUGUCUCAGGGGAGGUGUGGCCUCACUAUAGUUUCUUACGGUCUCUGCUCUGCUUACCUGUCGGUCAGGAAUGAUUUCACUAAAAAAAAAAAUAUGUUUGAGUGUGUGGACGGUAGAAAACAACUUACCUGGCAUUUGUUUUCAGUUGUUUAUGCGUGAGUUAUACCUUGAGGAGUAUUUCUUUGCGAGCGUGAGAGGACGAGAGCACAUGUUGGCACUUUUUUUUUUUUUAUAUGCAAGUUUGUGUGUUUUUUUUUUUUUUAGUGCGUAUUUGUCUAGUGUCCAAAGCUUCAGCUCCUCGCAGAUUCAGCCAUGAAACAGACCAAAACACCUGAAGCUGAUAUCUCACUGGAGAUUAUUUGACAGUUGCCAAAAUUAUUUUCAUAUAUCAAAACUGAUUUACAAACAUAAUCAUUUUAUAGUUUUUUAAAAUGUAUUUUUAAAAUAAAGGUUUUGUAGUAUUUGUAGAAGGAUUUGUUACGUGAUGUUGGUGUGUGAACGUGUAAAAUGUACAGAACAUUUAUAUUUGAUGUGUUUAUUUUAAUAUGUUUGAAUCGGUGUUUAUUUUACUUAAAACUAAAGCACAAUUUAUUUUAUUAAUGUGAACUGACAGGGGAAAAAAACUCUUUUAGGUUCUUAUAUGAAAGCAGUUAUAACACUUCCAUGUGGGAUUUCUGAGAGACUGUGGGCUGUAACUAUUUAUUCAUGACAGUAAUUCAUGCAUUCAAUACAAAUACAAUGCAUUUACUAAGGAUUAUCUCUGUACUGUAAUAGUCAACAAAAACGUAUAUUAUCUGCUCUUUAAACUUAAUGCGCAUUAUUAUACUAUAGGACAAUAUUUUGGCCAGAAGCUUUGAAUUGGUGCAUCAUGGGUUAAAAUGCUUUCCUAAUAAUACUCACACAGCUUCCUAGAUUUUAAACCUUUAGUGAUUUGAAUGAAACAAAUGGAAAGAAAAUGAAGAUGCGGAUUAGAAAUUUUAGAGACAUUUGAACGGGAUAGCACUUAAGAUUUUGGUUUUUGGUAGUAGCUUCACAUGGUAUUUUUAUUUUACAAAUCUUUGCUUUUGCAUUAAAAAAAAAAUAUUCAUGCAUAGUUUAGACCACAAUCACAUCCUAUAAAUUCACCGCUUUACCUUUCAAGAAAUGUCGUCCUCAAAGAAUAGAAAAUACCGAUUUGAGGUUUAUGGUUCAUAUUCAAGUACAGUAUGAAAAUCUCCACUACAGUGAACAGGUUGUGCAUCGUUACUGUACCCUCAACAUUCCCCACCACUUCACAGAAACAGCAGCGAAACUAAGUCUGCUUCAUACACACUAGAUAGAGGUUUAAAUGCAGAUUUGAUUUUGAAAUGACAGUGUUUUGCACUUUAUGUAUUUGGGACUGUCUUUUUGGCAACUGGCAAAUAGUAUUAAGCGUGGUAUUUAUAUUACAGUAUUUGGAGAAAAUAUCAGAUGGUCGGAUUACUGAUGUGUUUGAGAAAUCACUUUAAAAUGGGAUACAAAUCUUUAACUGCUGAAUGUUAUGUGGCUAUUUUGUCUACUUUGUAUAAGGAGAAACGGCUUGUACUAAACAGUUUUGUACUUUAAUUUUAUAAAUAGGAAUUAUUUUUCCAUGUCUUUUCAGUGUUUGGGAUUCUUCCCCUUUGUAAUUCUGUGAACUUUAAAUGCAUGUACAGUAAUGUUUUUUGGGAAAUGCAUGCAUGUCAUUCCACCUUUUGCCUUAACCUCUCUGUAAAUAAGGUUUAUUUGUACCAACUUCUACCAGUAAAUACUUUCCCCUUCAAA